AUGCGCGUCCCUGUGGGCGCACGCGCGCGCGCUGCUGCUCGUGCCGGCGGUGCGGCUCCUGGUGUUCCUGUCGCUGGCGAUGACGGUCAUGAUCCUGGUGGAGAAGCUCUUCGUCUGCGCCGUCUGCCUCGUCGUCCGCGCGUUCCGGCUCGGCCCGCACCGCCGGUACCGCUGGGAGCCCAUCUCCGCCAGCGCCGACGGCGGCGGAGACGAGGAGUCUGGCCUCCCAUGGUGCUGGUGCAGAUCCCCAUGUACAACGAGCGGGAGGUGUACAAGCUGUCGAUCGGGGUGGCAUGUGCGCUGGAGUGGCCGUCGGCGCGCUUCGUGAUCCAGGUGCUGGACGACUCCACGGACCCCGUUGUAAAGGUACGUACCGUACGCCGGCGACCUGACCUCCUCCCUCUUUCUCAGCCCCCCGACCUUUUUGCGGCGAUCUUCGUGGCCAGGCCACUGGCCACGGCAAACCAAUCAUGCAUCAAAUGGGAUCCGCACGUGACUGGUACACGCGUCUGCCGUCUCCCGUGCCUUUUGCUCCUACGUGCGCGUCUUUUUGUGACUGGCAACUACUGGCCAUUGGCGCUGCCGGUGCGUAGCAGUUGA